AUGGCUGGUCUCAUCGCAGUCAGUAUUGGCCUUGGUGCCGAGAAGCUGGGACGUACCAUCUCCGAAAAAAGGCUCGAAAGAAAGGAGAAGAAGGCUAUUGCUCAACACGAAGCUAUAUAUGGCUCUUCGUCAUCUGCUCCACCACCGCCAAUGACGACCCGAGAGCGGCAAAAUAAGACGCAGAACAAACGCGAAGAGGCUCAGCGGGCGCUUGAUGAAGCUCGUCGAGAGCAACCAAGCGUUCCACAGUAUGAAAGCAGACGCCCAAGUAUGGAUGCAGAGAGGGUUAGUACAGAAGAGCCGCCGCCGAGUUACGAAGAUGCCACACGUCAUGAAAUCAGGCGUUCUUGA